AUGGGUGUGUCUUUUUGUUGCAUUCCCCCCCCUCCCAUCACUACAACCACCAGUCAGUCAGCCUCGUGCGCCCACAGCCGCCUCCAACCGGCGGGAAGCACGCGCUGGAAUCUGUGGCUGAAAAUCAAACUUUAAACGUCCGUAAAAAAAAAUUCCCCCCCGCGGCAGCUGUCCCUGAAAGAACGGAUCAGACGCAGAGGGAUGUAGCGGAGGAAUUAAUCGGACAAAGAAGGAAAUGUGACCGACAAUGUGACGUUUCGGAGCCUCGUCGAGGAUUACCACUGUCUCCAACGGUGGGGUGAUUUUUUUCUCCUCUAAAAAUAGGCGACUUUCUGUGCGCGCAGCCUGCAGCAGGUCUGCAAACCCGCACUAACCGAAAAAGUAGAGCCUUAGUCUUUGCCUCAAGGUCGCUAAUUUCCAUCAAAACUGCAUCUCACCCCCCCAAAAAAUGUUUUCGGAGCUCCCCGGUGGAUUAUCAGAGUCGCUUGCCAGUUGUGUGAUUUAUUAUUGAUCACGGAGGACGGAGCUGGACACCGCCCGGACCAGUUUUCAGGACCGGGAUUUCAUCUUCUUUCGUUGGCGUGGGGAAAGAAAAGGCAGCCAGCGUCCAGUGGAGACGCACAUCACUGGAAUGCUUCUGGAUUGAAAUAGUUGAAUUUGUUAAAUAGGCCCCACCUGGAGGAAUAGCUGCGUGUCUUUGGAGAUUAGCCGUUCAUACACCCAAACGGAUGCUUUGAUAAGUGAAAAGGUUAUUUGCACUCAAGGACGCCGGUGUUGGUGGGUGUAGUUUGUUUUAGUGUUUUCGUCUUGUGAACCUCAAACCGGAGCUCAGCACGGAUUUCUACCGGGACUUGAGAUGAACCUUAGCGGAAUUGAAGCUGUUUAGCCCCAUAACGCCACUUUUCUCUGCCUCGUCUCGCUGUGGAUAUCCCUCUGAGGACUGUGCACGAGUGGAACGGAAGAUUAAAACGCAUGGCACGAGCUCUUAACGGCCGUCAUACUUUAAAUACGUUAUUAUUGGAGUAACUGGGCUUCGGGAGGCGAAUGGGAGGCUAAUAGGAGUUCUUCAGCAACCAUAUGACCCCCUCCAUCCACCCACCCCUUUCGUUUCAGGAACUAUGUGUACGUGAGUGCUUCUCGUGGGUUUGCACGGUGAGACCAGCGGCACCUGGAUUCCCGGUUCGCCCCCUUUUUCCCUCUGCCUGACCGCGCGCACGUCUGUUCCGGUAACUCCGCUUCUGCUGCUGCCCGGUCCCGCACACACACACACACACACACACACACACAUUCCCGUUUAUUCAGCCCCAGAAAACUACCAAGAUAGCCUUUCUCUCUCUCUCUCUCCGUGUGUGGAUGAGGAAGGAGUCGCGCAGGAGAGGAGACCAGGAGUUGGGAUAAGCUGCCGAGCCUGAUCACCUUUAAAGCCUUCCGGGGCUUUUCGCUGUGAUUUAACUCGUCUGUCAGUGGACAGACCGGGAGAGGGAGAGGAAGGAUUCUGGAGAAAAGAGACAAGACAAGAGGGGAGGAUUUGGAGAUCGAUGAAGGUGUCAGGAAGGACUGAUCGGGCAACCAGAUGACAGAAAGGUAGGAGGGUGUCCUUGUUAGCUUGUCAUCCCGUUGUAACCCUGAGGCCAGUGAUGUGACUGGAAUGUGAAUUCACCAUAAAAGGACUGACUCUACCUGAGGACUUCCUGCUUCCCCAAGAAGCUCAGGCGAUCUUGGCAGACUUUGACAGACAGCUGGCUCAGCCAAUGACAAACUCGGAGGACUUCUAAGGCACGUCUGCAGGGUCCUCUGGACAGACGUACGUGGGUGUGCGCACCACAAGGACGUGCACGUGAACCCGGAUGAGCGCCAGCACUGCUUCGUGCCCUGUGAGAAGAGGACGGCCCCCCUCCCUGUUAAAGAGGCAGGCUGCUGUUCAGCCAGUCGUCACAUCACAGCUGGACCUGAUCCUGAUCGGCUCCCAUUGAUAAAGAAAUACUGAGACCUUCCAAACCAGCAGGAGAGUAACCAUGGACGUCGUGUCCUCGCUGGUCUGCCCUCUCCUCCUAUUCUUCAUCCUCCUGUCCUCCCUCCCCUCCUGUUCCUCCUCCAUGCUGUGUCCGAAGCGCUGCACCUGCCAGAACCUGCUGCCGUCCUACACGGUGCUGUGCGCCAAGACGGGCCUCCUCUUCGUCCCACCAAACAUCGACCGCCAGACGGCCGAGCUCAGGCUAAUGGACAACUUCAUCACUACGCUGAGGCACCGCGACUUCGCCAACAUGUCCAGCCUGAUCCACCUGACCCUGAGCAGAAACACCAUCAGCCAGAUCCGGCCGUACGCCUUCGCCGACCUCCAGGAUCUCCACGCGCUCCACCUGGACGCCAACCGCCUCACCAUCUUGGACGACUCCCACUUCCAGGGCCUGGUGAACCUGAGGCACCUCAUCCUGGCCAACAACCAGCUGCACAGCAUAUCAGAGGGAGCCUUUCAGGACUUCCUGGAGACCCUGGAGGACUUGGAUCUGAGCUACAACAACCUGGUAGACAUCCCCUGGGAGACCAUUGCCCUGCUGAUCAGCGUCAACACCCUGAGCCUGGACCACAACCUGAUAGAGAGCGUCCCUGAGGGAAUCUUCUCCAACCUGCACAAACUGGCCAGACUGGACAUGACAUCCAACAAACUGAAGAAGAUUCCUCCGGACCCGUUGUUCCUGCGGAUCCCAGUGUACGCCAAGAUGAAGGGCUCUCCUCUCACCGCGCUGGUGUUGAGUUUUGGCGGGAACCCUCUGCACUGUAACUGCGAGCUGGUCUGGCUUCGCAGACUGACCAGGGAGGACGACCUGGAGACCUGCGCUUCACCUAAAGACCUGGCUGGCAAAUACUUCUGGACCAUCAGAGAGGAGGAGUUUGUUUGUGAGCCUCCAAUGAUAACUCGUCACACCUCCAAGAUGUUUGUGAUGGAGGGUCAGGAGGUUAGCCUGCGCUGUAAGUCCAUCGGAGAUCCCGAACCUUCGACUCACUGGGUCAGCCCCGAUGGGAAGCUGAUCGGAAACACGUCCAGAACCAUCUGCUACGAGAACGGGUCGCUGGAUAUCCUCAAGGCCUCCGUCAAGGAUUCUGGAAAGUUCACGUGCAUUGCGUCUAACGCAGCCGGGGAGGCCACUGCUCCUGUUGAGUUAGUCGUCAACCCUUCUCCACACUUUGACCCCAAACUGGACCCUGACCCAGGGCCCUCAGACAUCCCCACCUCCAUCAAAUCCAACGUCAGUGGAGGCCAAGCCCGGUCUGACCAGCAGAGGGUCAGCGUGUCAGAUCUAACGUCCAGCUCUGCUACCAUCAGAUGGCCCCCGCAGAACCACAUACCAGGAGUCCGCAUGUACCAGAUCCAGUACAACAGCUCCACAGAUGACAUACUCAUAUACAGGAUGAUCCCGGCCAACCACAAGUACUUCCUGCUGAGCGACCUGGCGUCAUCGCGGGACUAUGAGCUGUGUGUGUUGGCCGUAUACGACGACGGUAUCACGGCCCUGACAGGCACCAAGCUGGUGGGCUGCGUGUCCUUCACCACGGAGACGGAGUACGGACGCUGUCACUCGAUACGAGACCAGUUCCUGGGCGGCACCAUGAUCAUCAUCAUCGGGGGGAUCAUCGUGGCCUCUGUCCUUGUCUUCAUCUUCAUCCUCCUGAUGAAGUACAAGCUGCACAGUAACCACUACAAACAGAAAGCCGCCGCACGCCACGCCAACGUCUGCUCCCAGACCAACGGAGGAGGAGGCGGAGGAGGAGGAGGAGGAGGAGCCAACAUCCUCGCUCUGCCUCCGUCCUCCUCCUCUGCAGGGCAAGGAGGAGGCGCUAAUAAAAACUCCCAGCCGUCGUCGUCAGCAGAGGGGAUGGGAGGGGCUUCUCUUCGAGGGACGACUGUAGUGGACUUAAAUCCCGCCCAUGAAGAUGACGCCAUCUCCCAAUAACACACGAGGAACUGUCAGUCAAACCCACAACCCACCGAUCUUUAAGCCCAAACCAAUACUCCACCUCCUUCCCCCGUUUUUUUUUUUGUUUGUUUGUUUGUUUAGUUUUUUUUAUUUGUUGCUGGUGCCUGGAGCCAAACUCCACUUUACACCGAGGAGCCACUCCUGUCAUUGAUUUACUUACAUUCAGCUUCACAGCGCUGGAGGGAGAAGAGGCGGGAGAGGUCCUCCAGUGGGUCGUAUGGUCCAGUGAUCUGGACCAACCCAGAGACACACCCCACCCUCUGACGCCACCUCACACCACAACCAGACGGGAUGCGCUGUGAACAUCCUGUGAGGAGGACACCCAUGUGUGCAGACGUCUCCACAGCUCUGGGAUCAGCCGUGUGUCAGAUACAGGUCAGGCUCUGGGCUUUGAACCCUGCUCGUGCUUGGUGCUCAUGUGGGUCUUGAAACCUUGGAUCAGAGGAAUCAGAGCGAACACGGUCUGGAGUCACUUCUUCCUCUCUGAGGGAAGUAUCCAGCGAUCUGACGGGGCUCCGCAGGGUGUCGGGGUGGAUUUCAGUCUCUCUGUUUGACAGUUGGAGUGUGUGUGGACGCUAAACGCUGCUCUGGGAAUAUACCGGACGGAUUACUGUGGAUUUGGGAAAAAAACCCUUUUCAUGACAUUUUUCCAGGAUGUUCUCAGUUGUGGUUUGUCAGUGGUUGGUGGCGCCGCUCUUCUCUUCCCCCCAGCAUACAGUCAUAUGCCAAAGGAUUACUGCAGUAUUAUGACAGCAUUAUUACAGUAUCGGGAGAAUAUGCAGACUUCCAAAAAAAGCACACCUCUCUAUUAUCUCCUAGCAGUCGAAGAGAAAACACUUGUUGGGCCUUGGAUUGAAAAUACUGAGCACACUGUCAACGUCUUGUCUCAAAGCAUCAAUAAUAACAACCUGUCAAACUAAACGGUGGCACUUUAAUCGUAUGUUUUCAUUUCAUCCUCCUUCCUGCUCUCUCUCUUUCUCUCUCUCUCUCUUUCUAUCUGUCUCCCUCCUUCUCUCUCUCUCUCUCUCUCUCAGCUGAAUAGUAUACUCUCCAGUUUUUCCAGUCUGACUCUUCUGGCUGCGGACGGCUUAGAUGAUGUUGAAAUAAUCCGUGUGUUUGCGUCCCGUGGUGGACUGGUUCUCUGUGUCGGAGUAUUAAAACAACCUUGGUGUCCCGAGAACGGAGCCUUGAGGAACACCAGCGAGGAUUUACUCGAAGCCAAACUUAAAGCACACAAGUCCGACUCUACACUCGGUGAAUUCUGAUGUUCUACUUGACACUGGAAAACAACUGUACACGUACGAGACACUGGUGAACUCGACCGUAAGUGUUCCUACCACAUUAACGCUGGCACUCGAGAUUGUUAAAUGUAUUAAGCGGUUGUAAAAGAUGGCCGGCAGAACUUGCGCUGUCCCAUCCCCUCCCCCCCUCGCUCCCCCCUUUGCCGUUUGACAGUGUCUGUGUUUGUAUGUGACAUACACCUUACAGUCUUCGAUGGUUUGAUACCCAUGAUUUACUUUGAAUAUAACGAAACAAAUGACCACAAUAAGGAGAAAAACACAACAACAUGUGAAAUGGGGAUUUUAUGCUUUCAUAGAUACAAUUAUGUGGAUUUAUAAUGAAAUAAAAAGGUAUUUUUCUUGGAAAAAUGA